CCAGGCUCAUCGGAGGCUGCUGCAGGACUGCUGCUCCGUGCUGGACCAUCAGACACCUGGAGGUCUGUGUGGCUGCUGCUGGGCGCUGCGUCCUCGCUACAAGAGACUGGUGGACAAUAUUUUCCCAGAAGACCCAGAGGAUGGGCUGGUGAAAGCCAACAUGGAGAAGCUGACGUUCUUUGCUCUGUCGGCGCCGGAGAAACUGGACCGCAUUGCAGCGUACCUGUCAGAGCGCCUGACCAGGGAGCUGAACCGCCACCGCUACGGGUAUGUGUGUAUCGCGAUGGAGGCGCUGGAGCAGCUGCUGCUGGCCUGUCACUGUCAGAGCAUCAACCUGCUGGUGGAGAGUUUCCUCAGUACGCUGCGUCUGCUGCUGGAGGCCGACAAACCACACCUCCACAUCCUGGCCACCAACUCUUUUGUGAAGUUUGCGAACAUCGAGGAGGACACGCCGUCGUAUCAUCGCAGCUACGACUUCUUCGUGUCGCGCUUCAGUGAGAUGUGUCACUCCGAACACGAUGACGCCGACAUCCAGAACAAGAUCCGUGUGGCAGGGAUCCGCGGUCUGCAGGGCGUGGUCAGGAAGACGGUGGACGACGAGCUACAGGUGAACAUUUGGGAGCCUCGUCACAUGGAGCAGAUUGUUCCCGCCCUGCUGGUCAACCUGCAGCAGCACACACACACCAACAGUGAGUCUCCAGCAGAGCAGACUGAGGUGUGUUUCAGAGAGCUGUUGGGCCGAGCUGCUUAUGGACACAUUACCAACGCUAUCAGACCUGUGCUCAUGCACCUGGACAGUCACGGUCUUUGGGAAGGACGAAGUUUUGCUGUUCGAUGUUUUCAGAUCAUCAUGUACUCAAUACAGUCCCAGCAUUCCCACCUGGUGAUCCAGCAGCUGUUGGGUCACCUGGACGCCAACAGCCGGAGUCCAGCUUCAGUCAGAGCCGGGAUCGUGGAGGUCCUGUCUGAAGCUGCUGUUAUAGAAGCUACUGGGUCUGUAGGUCCCACAGUCCUCGAAGUGUUCAACACGUUACUGCGACAGCUCAGGCAGAGCGUCGACUACGAGCUGACCGGUUACUAUGACAACGCAGGAAAACACAAAACCACCUCGCCCGAGGAGAAAACGCUGCAGGACGCCGUCAUCAAAACUAUUGGGUCCUUCGCCAACACGCUUCCUGUCUACCAGAGGUCAGAGGUCAUGCUGUUCAUCAUGGGGAAGAUUCCUGUUCCUGGUAUCUACCCCGCCCUGGGGUCGCCCAAUGCCGGGUUUGAAGGCAGCAGAAUGAUCCAGGUGAUGUUGUUGAAGUCCCUCCUCCAGGUAUCACGGCGUUAUGAGAGCAGUAAUCUGUUGACGGCGCUGCCCUCAUCCUUCUUGGAGCCUCUGCUUUCCUUCACUCUGAUGGAGGACCCUGAGAUCCGUCUGCUGGUUCUCUCCAUCCUCACCUCACUCAUCGACCGACGCCACAACGCCGCCAGACUCACCACAGCCAGUGUGGCGUUUGAUGUCUCAGUGUUGGAGCUGAAGGAGGACAGAUGCUCUCGACAGGACAACCUGUUCAUGAGGAAGCAUGCUCAGCGUCUCUACAGACAUGUCUACCUGGCCUGUAAGGAAGAGAGCAGUGGGCAGAGCCACUACCAGGCUCUCUUCACCCUGUUGGCCGUACUGAGUGUGGAACUGGCCAAUGAGGAGGUGGUGGUAGAUCUGAUCCGAUUGGUCCUGGCCCUGCAGGAGCUGGCGUUGUCCAAUCAGGAGUGUCUGUCAGUGUUUAACCGCUGCAGCGUUCAUGCCGUCUGUGCCGCCUUCCUCAACCUGCUGUCCCAGCUCGGCCCGCCUCCACCGCUGCACGAGCACGUCACCCAGGUCAUAGAGAGUCGACAGAGUGACGCUCCACACCUGCUGCCUGAAGACGUCCUCUGUGACCAACCCAGACUGCCAGAAGGUGAGCUGAAGGUGGACGAAGCCCUUCUGUUCGCCCAAUCAAAGAUCUGCGAGGCUCUGACAGGAAGCAGCUACAGUGCGCACGCUGAAUGCUUCAACACACCGUACAUACCACAGCUCUCAGAUGAGGAUCGUCUGUCGAAGAGGAAGAGUAUUGGAGAUGUCGUCUCUCUGCAGAUUGACAUGGACCCUCAGUACUGUCCUGAUGCACAGCAGAAACCUCAGACGGAGCAGAUCACCUUUGAGACGCUGAAGAACGCCAUCGAGGACAGAGGGAGUGUGGAGGAGGAGGAGAGGAGGAAGAGGAUGGAGGUGGUGGAGAGGUUUCAGACGGCUCCGUUUGAGGAGAUCGCUGCUCACUGUGGAGCCAGGACCUCGUUACUUCAGUCUAAACUGGAUCAGGUCUUUGAUUUGAUCAUACAUCCUCCUCCGUCUCCGUCCGGACACUCGCCACCUCGCUCCACGCCGCUUUACGAGAUGAAGUUUCCUGACCUGUGCGUCUAUUAGAUGCGAAUGCACAUUCAGCUGGUUUUGUGUUGAAGCACUUUCCUUACUGAAUGUGACGUGUUAGGAGACGAGGGCACAAGGAGGUAGGGAAGGUAAGAAGGAGUUAGUGGAGGAUGAGUCACAUCAGCACUUACACUGGUUAGAUUAAAUAAAAACAUGUAACAUGAUUUUUAACAUGUUUUGUCUUUGCUGCCAUGUCCUUUAAAGUCAGAUUUUAUUUGAUUUGAAUGAUAAAUUGAUUGAUUGAUUUCUGCUUCCAACCUUUUGUUCAUCAUUCAGCCCUUUU